AGCGACUGAUGGUUUAUAGAGUCAUGAAAGAUAUCACGAGGCACUUCUAUUUGCUUUACAAUUCUGUGAAACUAAGCGAAUAAGUAUUAUCGCACAACAUAGGACAUUCACGUGCGAGCUCCCGCUUCAGGCGGUGUUUCACAAAAUUAAAAGUUUGGAAGAGGCGGGAGCGAUAUCAUUUGGUCGGUAAUCGUGUUGAUAGUGGCGGCUCCGAUAACUUAUCUAAUCCGGACAAGUACACAAACAUAGUCUCACGCAGCCGCCUGCGCAUCGCACUUUACAGUUUUGAAAAUGCAUUUAAAAAAAUACGGAUGUGACGUUUUAUGACGCGAACAAGUGUUACUUAGUGUUAGUGUGUGUAAGGGAGGAAAAUUCACCAACUGCAUCAAAACAGGACUUUUAAAUUAUCUCUGUAACCUGAAUGUAAUCUUAGAAUUUAUUAAGAUGGAAUUAGUCUUCAUUGAAAGUGAUAAAUUAAAAGAUCAGAGAUAUUUUAUACCAAAUUGAUUUGAGGUGGCCUAGGCCUUUGGAAAUUGUGUGACUAAUUCUUGACUCUCAGUCAAGAGGUUAAAUUUUAAAUUGUUCAAGAGUUCAAUUCCCCGAAUUGUGGGAUGUGCAGCGCACGCGCGGCGGCGGCCCUGCUGCCCCACGUCAACCUCUUGUUGAUGGUGAUAGUGGGCGGUGGGAUGGCGACGGCGGCCCGGCUGAAGUGGGACCCGAGCACGUACAUCGUGGUGCGCGAGCUGCUGCCGCUGGAGUACCGCGUGCUGGGCGCGCUGCUGCUGGCCGCGCCGCUGGCGCUGCUGGUAUUGGCGCACCUCGCGGCGGCCGCGCUCUCGCUCCGCGAGUCGGCGCUCAGGCGAGUGCUGAUGUUGACGUACGCAAUAUGCAUGAUCGCAUUAUUGGUGGGCGAGGUGGUCGCGGCGUGGUGGGUGGGUCGCCGCGCGGCAGAGUGGCUGCAAUCGGAGCAAGCCCAGCGGCUGCAGGAGCUGGUCGCCGCUCGCGACGACCUGCGCGCGCUGCUGGCUAUGCUGGCGCGGUGGCAUCCCCUGCCUGAGAAGGUGCAUCAACUUAUUGAUGAAGCGUCUGAAGACUUGCCCCGCAACGCGUACUGCGCAGCGGCGCUGGCCGUGGCGACCGUCGCGCUCCAGCUGCUCGGCGUCGCGCUCGCCGCGCUCGUCGCGCUCGCCCCGCUGCGCUCGGCACGCUCGCGGCGGCGGAGCGUCGACACCGACAGCCGCAGAUCCCUUUUAUACGGUAGCAGGAACAGCGAUCCUCCCUCCUUGAAGACGAUCUACAAGAACGGCCGACUGCAGAUAGUCUGAUCCAGACCAAGACUGAACGCCCUGCGAAUUACUCGAACAUAGACUGAUAAGUUUUUAAUUAUAGACGAUUCUAAGUG